CAAUAUCAUUCCCAUAUCUUUUUAAUAAUAUCUUAAAUUUUUUAUUAUUUUGAAAAAUAAAGAAAUCAAGACGUGUAUCAUCUUCUCGUCUCCUUCUUUCGUAUCCUCUCCAUUUCUGAUUUUUUUCAUUUUUUUCUCUUAGUUUCACAGAUUCUUUAUUUUAGAGGUUUGUUGAUUAAUCAUAUUUUGGUUUCUAAUUCUGAUUCUAUUUUAUUCUGACAGUAGUUCUGUUUUAUCUUUUUUUUUAGGAAUAUCAUGCUGCGUUUGGCUAGAGUUUCAAGAGAAUGGAAGGUGAAUAAAGAAUCAUGGAAAUUCAAGGAAAUUUUUUUUUAACAACGUGACUUGUUUAUAUAAGUUGAAUAAAAUAAAAUAAAGGGAAAUAUGUAUAAACUUCAUGAUAAAGUAAAAAAAAUCAUAAUUUACAUAUUUAUCUUUGUUAUUAUAAAAUUUAAAUGAUAAAAAUAACAUAUUUAUCUUAAACAAAAUAAUUUUAAUGAUAUUAUUUUUAUUAAUUACGAAUUUAUAUAUUAAUUUCGAAUUAAUAUCUUAAUUAUUGAAAUAUCUUGGGUAUAAAAGUUAACUCAUAAUUCAGAAAGUGUAUUUUUCAAAAAGUAAAAUAGAAAAUGCAGUUAUCAAAUUUCAAAUCCUAAAUAGGGUAUUUUGCAAAUUAUCCCUUAAAACUAACUCUAUAUAUACUGAAAACUGGAAUGUUACAUUUACUCUAGUGGAUCUAUGUAAAUUUUUUUAGUAAAGUUUAUUAAUGGUAUCUCACAUAAUUAUGCAUAUGCUUCUUUGUCAUAUGGGGGUUUUCUCUCUUUUUUAUGCAUAUGCAUAUGCAUAUGUUUCUCAUUGUUGUAAAUCGAUGAAGAGAUAUCUAGUUAGAGCAUCUCCAAGAGCAACUUUAAAACUUCAAAUAUAAGGUUUUAUAUACUUUAAGAGAAAUUUCAAAACCUCAAAUUAUAAAAUUUUGUACGGUGAAACCUCAAAUAUGAAACCUCAAAUAUAAGGUUUCAUAUUUUUUCGGUCCUUAUACUUGUAUGUCUUGUAAAUAGUCUUGAUAACUUUCUUGUUUAUCAUUUUAGUCCAUAUAAUUUUAUAUCUUUUAUAUAUUUUUAUAAAUUUAAAUUUUACAUAUAAAUUUAAAUAAAUAUAUGAUCAUUUGUCACUUCAAGAUGCACUAAUAAUCAUAUAUUGGAGCAUUAUUGAAAUAACACUAAUGAAUAAUUAUGUAUAUUAGAAAAUGAUUUCACUUCUAAGUCUUUUAUUUAUAUGUAAUUUGCUAUUAUAAUGUAAUAGUUUAUUAAUCAAUAUUGUUUAUAAUAUUUUUAUUGUAUGUUUUUAGUUGUUAUAAAAAAAAUUUUGGCUUUAUUUGAUUUCUUCAAAAGUAAGGACUAUAAUAUAAACCAAGUGGUCUUGGCCUAGUGGUAAAGGGGUUCCAACUGGAGCUUCUGUCAUGGGUUCGAUUUCUCUUGGUCAUCCAUAGACGUCUUAAGUGGCAAAAAAACCUUGAUUUCUAUGGACCUCUUGGUGAUUAGUCUUUGAGUCUAGAAAGCCUUUGGAAUCACACUAAAAUUCUAAAAAAAAGAAGGACUAUAAUGUAAAAAUCUAAAACUUUUAAGGUUUGUUUUAAGGUUUAUCAUUGGAGAAUAGCAUCAUCAAACCUCAAAUACAAGGUUCAGCAAACCUUAAAUAUAAGGUUGCUCUAAGAGCAUCUGCUAGAACGCUAUAUUCGAUUAUGGUAUAAUCUUGUAAGUUUCGUUUUCUUAGUGAUGAGUGAUGACCCAUUCCCUUCUCUCCAUUCCACUAUGAAAAAUCAUUAAAAGAAAUAUGGUUUUAACUCUAUGAUUAAAUAAAAAAAAACUAUGAUUAAAUAUAGAUAUAUGGUCACAUUCAUCUUUUUAGUUACCAUCGUUUUCAUGAUGUUGCGCUGUGUAGACCUCCUUUGAAAAGUUAUACGCUCUUUUUGUUGAAAGUUAUAACGCUCUUUCCAUUGAAUGUAUACAGUAUCUUUAUCUUGAGAGUGAUUUUACACAUGAAAACGAUCAAAAAGGAAAAACAUAUUGCAACCGGAUUAAAUGACGUGGAAUGGUUGAUUUCUUUUAAUUUUAUAGAUUUUUACCAUUUAUUAUGAAUAGAAUAGAACAGUCAUUUCACCAAUUUUUAGAUAAAAAUAGAAUGAAAACUAUUCUAUAACAACUUUGUUUAUGGAUGAAGCGAAUAAAUUUUAUUCCAUUUUUUUUAUUCCAUUCUUAUCAUUUUAUUUAUUUGUUUUUUUUAAUAAUCUAAAUAUUUGGACAUUCCAGAAGAAAUCCGACUAGUAUCUAAAUACACAUCCACAGAAGAUAUUUUAAAAGACUGCUUUUUUCAUCUCAUUUUAAUUGACGAUGGUCAGCAUUUGUAUUGAGACCGAAACUCCCUCAAAAUUACUGAAUUAUCCUCGCUUUGGUUUAUUCCAUUUAUUUUUAUUCCAUUAAUUCAAAGAAGCAUUAUACGAGGCGAGCAGUUAUAUGCAGUGAUGACAUUAACUAAAUAUUAGAUUAUCUGUUCUUGUCAAAUCAGAUUAUAUGUUCUUGUCAAAUAAACAAAAUAUCAAACUCGAAAUAAUGGUAUAUGUGAUCAGUGCCAGCCGUACUAAUUCGGUGGCCUAACGCACAUUAGCAUAAUAUAGUGCUAUAUUUAACUACCAAACGAUUUGAACUAUAUUGUUUACUUAUAACUGAUUAUAACAUAACAUUAUUAUAUUUUAAAUAUUUUUUAAAAUAAAAAUCAAAGAUGAUCCGGCAUUUUAUAUAUAUACAGUGAAAUCUCUAUAAAUUAAUAAUGUUGGGACUACACCAAAACUAUAAUUUUUUAUUAAUUUAUCGAUAUAUUAAUUGAACCAAAAACUCAAUUUGAGACUAUAAAAUUAUAUUAUUUUAUAGAAAUUUUUAGUGUAUUAAUUUAUAAAGUAUUAAUUUAAAGAGGUUAUAGUGUAAUGAAAUAAUGGUAUAUAUGAUAGAUUCUAAACAAAACACACACACGCAAGAAGUCGAAGUGGUAUAUAUCAAGGAACCACUAAGCUGAGAAGCAGCUCAUAGAAACAAAAACGAAACACCAAAUGUACACCCAUUUUGAUAAAUCAAGGUAAACAUGAAUGUAUUAUAAAAAGUCCAAAUGAUAAUAUAUAUAUUAGAUCGACAGUAUUCUUAUACAAAUUCAAAUUUAGGAUCUUGUUCUCUUUUGUUAAAAGACCACUAAUAUAUCAGAGACGGACUUGUCUGUCAGAAUGCAAGAAAGAAUAUAUAGCCGAAAGUCUAUUUUAAAAUACAAACUCCCAGAUUUAUCAAACUUCAACUUUCUGAAGGAAAUUCAAUUUUCCUAUAGAACCCUGAAUAAUCUUCGACCAGUCAUGGCUAUAAGAUAAUUCACAACUCUAUAAUUCUAUUAGAUUUUGCUCUAGAAGUGUCCUUAAUAAUCGAAUUUAAUUGAUAAUACUUAUGUAAGUAAAGCUAGAGGCGCUGAUUUUGAUGUUUAAUACAAUAGCUUUCGAAGUGAGAAAUGCCAUGCAUUAUUGUCGUCUAAAUCAUAAACCAGGAAAAGAAACAAUGUGAAAAAGUGGCUUCUCCAAUUUGGUUUCCCUUUUUCAAAAGAUUCCGAAACCAAAUGACAAACCAUCUUCCUAACUUAGUAGUAGUACUAGACCCCCCUCCCUCCCUUCCCCACCCAACUAGUGAUGUAUCUUUCUAUAUAUAAUUUAUAUUCACAUGCUCAACCCUUGUAUUCAUCCAAUCCACACAUAUAUACUCAUAACAACACCAAGAAAGGAUCAACAAGUAAAAGCUAUGCCAAUCCGAUCUAGCCCUUUCUUCAAUAUGGAGAGCUCGGCUGUGCUCUCUAUGUUGCGGCACACCGGCAAGUCCAUGGAUUCUAAACAUCCAAAGAAAUCUUCUGGAAGCAUCGGUGGCGGGGUACUCAAAAUGUUCAAACUCUUGCCAAUGCUAUCAUCCGGUUGCAAGAUGGUGAACUUGUUAAGCCGAGGGCAUCGAAAACCCUUACUUAAAGACUUUGCAACUACGGGAACAAUAUUCGGUUUUCGCAAAGGAAGAGUGUUUCUUGCAAUACAAGAAGAUCCUCAUUGCCUGCCAACGUUCAUCAUCGAGCUCCCCAUGCUGACCUCGGCGCUGCAGAAGGAGAUGGCCUCGGAGACCGUGAGGAUUGCGCUGGAAAGCGAGACGAAGACACCGAGGAAGAAGGUGUUGGAGGAGUUUGUGUGGGGGAUUUACUGUAAUGGACGGAAAAUAGGGUAUUCCAUAAGGAGAAAGAACAUGAGCGAGGAGGAGAUGUAUGUGAUUGAUGCACUAAGAGGUGUUUCCAUGGGAGCUGGAGUUUUACCAUGUAGAGACCAAUACGAGCAAGAGACAGAAGGAGAAAUGACUUACAUGAGAGCUCGUUUCGAUAGAGUUGUUGGGUCUAAGGACUCUGAAGCAUUGUAUAUGAUUAACCCUGAAGGUAGUGGUCAGGGUACAGAGCUUAGUAUCUUCUUUCUCCGGUCUCAUUAAUUGUUGUUACACGUUUCUUUUUGACGUCCGUUUUUACUCUGUUUUAAAGUCAAUUAAAUGGUGAUAAAAAUAAUAUUUCGUUAGAAAUAUAUUUCCUCUUAAAAACU